UUCUCUCCGCCAGUCGAACCACACGUGUUUAUCAAACGACACAAACUUGACAGUUGACCAUCUAGUUGGACGUGAAAAUGGUAUUUUUUGUUUGCAAUGGUUGUGGCACCUCUGUGAAAAAGAACCAAGUGGAAAAACAUCAGUAUCAAUGCAGGAAGUCUCAGCAUCUGUCAUGUGUAGAUUGUUCCAAAGAUUUUGUAGGGCAGGAAUAUAAGGCUCAUAUCAAAUGUGUGUCAGAAGAAGAGAAAUAUUCUGGGAAAGACUAUGUAGCUAAACCCAACCAAAACAAAAAUGAGAAAAAACAAACUGAAUGGGUGGCAAUGGUUCAGAAUCUUGUUGAAAAGGUAGGGAACACAAAUGAUGAACUGAGCAGUGCUCUUCAGCGAAUUAGUCAACAUGAAAACAUCCCAAGGAAAAAGCCCAAAUUCAUGAAUUUCUUGAAAAAUGUAUUUGGCAAUCGCAUGCCUCCGACAAGGAUAACUGAACAAUUGUGGGAUUUGAUAUCUAAAGGGCUUGAAGAGCUACGAGUUAGCAAAGCACCCAAUGUAAACAAUAGCAGUACGAAAUUGGAAGAAAAAACCACCGACGAAGAAAAUGGAAUCAAGAGAAAACAUGAUAUUGAAAAUAAAAUUCCCGUCAAUGGCAACAAAAAAAGAAAAACGGAACCUGUCGAUUGCCAGAACGAAAACGUUUGCAGUCAAGCGAAUGAUACUAUUAACUCUACUGGAAGAGUCGAUUUACCAGCGAAAGUCAAAUGGUGCACAAUAGGCAAAAUUAUUUUACGUGCUCAGGAUGACAAAGAGUUACCUUUGAAAAAAUUUCAAAAAAAAAUCAUUGGAGAAUAUUUAAACCGAAUGGGAGAUUCUCUUUGUGCUGAUGAAACAGUUGAGGUUUUGUGGUCCAAGUGCCAGAAGAAAUUGUCCAAAAAUCCUAAAUUCAAGAUCCACAAAGAAAAAAUCAAGCUUGUCUCAUGAUGCCACUCUGUCUCUGUGCAAUGACGAGAUUGAUAAUCAAAUUAAACGAUCUAUGUAAUUGUUA